AUGGAGGAGUUCCAGGACAUGUGGAAGCUCGUGUCGGGCCUCGGGAGCUCGCUGCGGACCGUGCUCUCGGCGGCCUUCCUGGUGGUGCUCGCGAUCUACGUGUUCGCCUGCAUCGGCGUCGAGCUGAUCACGAGAAACCAUACUCUGCUGCAGGAUCCAGAAACUGCGAGCGUGGUAGAACAGAAUUUCAGGACGGUGCAGCUAACGAUGCUCACGCUGUUCCGGUUCACCAAUGCGGACUCCAUUUCGUCUAUCUAUACGCCCCUUGUGAACAAGGCGUGGUAUUUGGCGUUCUAUUUCGGUGCCUUGUGGCUCACGGUCACUGUGUCGCUGAUGACAUCGGUGGCUGCUGUGAUUGUCGAUAAUGCCAUCGCGCGAGGUGGCCAGGACAGGGAUAUGAGGACGCAUUGCUUACGGAAGAAGUUGAAGGCCCUGACGCCCUGCAUCAACUCUGUGUUUUCGCAGUUGGACCUGGACGGGGAUGGCAUUCUGCAGUUGAGCGAGGUCAUGGCAGGAAUCGAGAGAUUCGAGGGUUUUGACACUUUGCCAGAGGACCUCAAAAAGCUACUGGUAUCAGACAACCUUGCCGACUUGUAUGAGUUUCUUGAUACGGAUGGGUCCGGCAAGGUUGAUCGAGAGGAGUUCUUCGAGGGAGUUUGUCAUUUGGCAUUCGAGAGCGUUCCAAUCGAAACUACCCGGACGUUGCAGCUCCUGCGAUCGCAGCACAGGGCUUUGGAACUGAUCAGAGACGUGACGUGCCUCCUGGGAAACCAGGCUGUGCUUGCAGCCGACCACCCGCAAGGAGCUGAAACCCUGAGUGUCAUGCUUGCUCCGAAGUUUCGGAUAAGACGGGAUGGAGCUUCCGUCGGGGCGGUGACCGCAAAGCCUCAAGUCUUCAGCAUUCCCUUGGAGUCGCCAUUAGAGAAGCCAUGCGCAAUGAACUCGGUCAUCUCCACUUCAGCAGACCCACAGCUAUGA